AUACGCUUGAUCGCAGACGAAAUUUGACUUACAUGUGUUGAGCAGUAAGGGUGAUUGUAUGCUGACUGUUGGUUGCGUUUCCUUGUUUUCUGUUGUACGGUAUGCUAUCUUUGCUGUAAUCAAUACGGUAUUAACUUGCACAGAGCAAAAUGGUGUUCUAUUUCACCAGUAAUAUUUCUGGUACACCUUAUACAAUUUAUAUGGGAUUGGAUAAACAUGAAAACGAAGAUCUUAUUAAAUAUGGAUGGCCAGAAGACGUCUGGUUUCACGUUGACAAAUUGUCAUCUGCUCACGUUUAUCUGCGUUUGAAGCCGAGCGAAGACCUGGAUUCGGUGCCAUAUGAGGUCAUUCAGGAUUGUGCUCAACUUGUUAAAGCUAAUAGUAUUCAAGGGAAUAAAUUGAACAAUAUUCAGAUGGUAUAUACAUUUUGGUCAAAUUUGAAAAAAACUGGUGACAUGGCGGUUGGACAAGUUGGAUUCCACAAUUCGAAAGAAGUUCGGUUAAUUAAAGUUGAAAAACGGAUAAAUGAUGUUGUAAAUAGACUAAACAAAACUAAAGUGGAAAAAUUUCCGGAUUUGAGAGAAGCAAAAGAAGAUAGGGACAGGCAAGAAAGAAAUGAAGCAAAAAAAAUAAUGAAAGAACAGCAAGAAAAAGAAAAACAGGAAAUAUUGAAAAUGAAACAAGAAAAAGCUCUUCGUUCUUAUGAUUCUUUAUUUGAUGAUGUAGAAAUGAAAACUAAUGCAAAUAAUGAUGACGAUUCUGAUGAUUUUAUGUAACAUUGGCCUCAAUCAAGUCUUCGACAUAUUGCUUUGUUCCACAAAAGUUUUUAAAAACUAUGUACAAACAAGUCUAUGUGAUUUGAGAAUUGAGAUUAGUGAUGGAUGGGUACAUUAUUGCUUCAAAGUACUUAUAUGUAUUUCCUGUCCCUUAUCACACUAAUACUUUGACAAAUGUGUUUGUUCAUGGAUGGUUUUCGGGAAAAGUUAUUGCUGGUCAAAAAUUGAUUUUUGGCUGUUUUGGAAGUUUUCAACCAUUUUUUUCCCUAUUGGAUUUAGGUGAGCUUGUUCUCAAUGGAUACCGCACAUAUUUGCGGUUGAUGGGCUGCCAUUAACAAUAAGAGAAUUUCAUGUCCAUAUAUUUACCAAUUGUUUUCUUAUAUUUUUGUUAUUUAUUUUACGGAAAAAUAUUCUUUAGUAUGUUUACUUAAAUUGCUGUUAUGCACAUACUAUUGAAGAGGGUGAAAUUUUUCUCAAUUCUUUAAUUCAGGGGUGUACAACCUUUAAUACAGGAGAGCCAGAUACAAAUAACCUGGGUGAAACCUCGCGCCGCUCUUUUAUUUUACAUAGGAUUUCUAGCAGUUGCAGGCACAAAAAUUUUUGGAAAUGAUCUUAUGACGUGCGUUGUUCACUUCGCACAAGCUAGCUGUUAGGACAUCCGUAGAUAAUAAAUUUGACUCUGUUAUGAGCUUAACAACGCAAAUAGAUUGGAAUUAUGCACAUACCAGAUUAAACUAAAUUAAAAACUCAUUUCGUGGGCCGCACACCAUUCAAAAUUGGCACAUUUCCGCGGUCGCACAACUUUUUCUUGUGGGCGCAGGUUUCACACCACUGCUCUAAUCCACUCUGCUCAUUUCUAGUUUUAUUGAAAUAGCCCACUCUCUCAUUUUAUCUCAUAUUCCAUCCAAACCUAGAAAAUGUUCAAUGGGCCAUUUAUGUGUAUUUUUAAUAUGUUGCAGUAUUUUUCCAGA